GUUCCUCCACUAAACUUGUAAAAAUGGCGGCUAUAAACGUUUACGGGUAGUAAGGCAUCUCCAAACUACUUCCAACAGACCAGCAAAGGAUUUUUUUAAAUCCCCAGCGAAAGCUUUCCCAAAGCGACUGAAAAGGAGAAGGCGUCGAAUGUCACAAUGGAGUGGAUGUUCAUGGUGAAUCGAAUGAGCUCUCAGGGUAGCUCUACAUCCCAGCGGCGACGGUUGGCUCUGGGGGUGGUGAUACUCCUGCUAGUGGAUGUCAUCUGGGUAGCCUCGUCUGAGAUCACUUCAUACAUUUUCAAGCAUCAGGAGUACAACAAGCCUUUCUUCAGCACAUUCACCAAGACCUCUAUGUUUGUACUCUAUUUGUUGGGUUUCCUGCUGUGGCGGCCGUGGAGGCAACAGUGCAAUGGGUCCCACAAAUGCCAACAUGCUUCAUUUUUUACUGAUGCUGAGGCCUACUUUGCUCCCUGCAACAGUGACACCACUGUGAACAACUGCUUGAGUGAACCACUAUAUGUUCCAGUGGCGUUUCAAGACGUACCCUCUGAUCAUUCAAAUGGUUUCAUUGACGACUGUAAAUCUUCAGCUUCUAAAAAGCAUCGGGUGCGCUUUAGUAAUGUUAUGGAGGUGCGCCAGCUGCCCUCUACUCAAGCCCUGGAGGCCAAACUGUCUCGCAUGUCCUACCCUGCUGCCAAGGACCAUGAGGCAAUGUUGCGCACAGUGGGAAAGCUGACCAUCACGGAUGUGGCCAAAAUCAGCUUCUUUUUUUGCUUUGUGUGGUUCCUGGCCAACCUGUCCUAUCAGGAGGCUCUCUCUGACACACAGGUUGCCAUUGUUAACAUUUUGUCAUCCACAUCAGGCCUGUUUACACUUAUCUUUGCUGCCAUAUUUCCCAGUAGCAGCAGUGACCGUUUCACCUUGUCCAAAUUGUUAGUCGUGGCACUGAGUAUUGGUGGUGUUGCCCUUGUGAGUCUUUCCAGCACGGACCGGCCUGAUGAAAAAGGCACUAUCGGUUCCUUAUGGUCGCUGGCUGGGGCGUUACUAUAUGCUGUCUAUAUUGUGAUGAUCAAAAGACUGGUAGAUCGAGAGGACAAGCUAGAUAUUCCCAUGUUCUUUGGGUUUGUAGGUCUGUUCAACCUGCUGCUACUCUGGCCUGGCUUCCUCCUGCUUCACUACACCGGUUUUGAGACUUUUGAGCUUCCUAGCCAGCUCGUGUGGACCUACAUCCUCGUUAAUGGCCUCAUUGGAACAGUUCUCUCAGAGUUUCUUUGGCUCUGGGGCUGUUUCCUCACGUCAUCCCUGAUUGGGACAAUGGCCCUGAGUCUCACCAUACCGCUGUCUAUUUUGGCAGAUAUUUGCAUGCAGAAGGUACGUUUCUCAUGGCUGUUUUUUGCAGGGGCAGUGCCCGUCUUUCUCUCCUUCCUUAUUGCCACACUCUUAUGCCACCACAACAACUGGGAUCCUGUCAUGGUGGCACUGAGAAGGCUGUACACGUUUAUUUUUCGAAGACAUCGUAUCCAGAGACUGCCAGAGGACAACGAGCUAUGUGAAAGCCUUAUUCCGUUGCACACCGUCUCUCAAAAUGAAGGAAGCCUGUGGUCGUGAUCCAGAUUCAAGUGGUAAACGUGAAUCAUCCGGUUGCUGCCACAGACGAUGCACCACCCUGUGCCUAUCAAUAGAAUGCUUGAUUUGAUUUCUCUUCACACAUGGGGGUACAACUCAUAAAGUGCUGGAACUCGGUAGUCGUCACUAUUAUGCCAUGUGACCAAAUGAAAAGGUAUGUUGAAGUUCAUUGGUGCAGCACCGGGAGAAGUGUUGAGAUAUGAUCUUCACUAAGAGAUACAUGCCUUUUAUUUAAAGGGUGUCUAUUCUUCUAUGUCAUUGUGUUUUUACUCAAUUGUACUU